AUGCACAAGUGGUACCUACAGUUCAGCCAGGAUGGAAUGGUAAACGGGAGAGUUGUUUUGGUUCAGCUCGUUCUUGUGGAUGGAACUGUGAGGUUGUUCCAAGUCCCAGCGUUCGUGCUUGGCAUCCAUGGUCUCUUGAAGAAAUCGCCCAAAAUCUAUCCUCUGCUCUGUCUGUACGGUGCCUCUACAGCGACCACGACUCUUCCGUGCCUACUCCAUGUCACCAAGGCAUUUUAUGGCGACGCACUCACAACGUUUCAAUAUGGCAUCUUGGUCUCGGGCUAUACCCGUUCCUUUUCAUACUUCUUGGUAUGGCUGUGGACAAGGCGUUUAGACUGCACAAAAUUGUCUCCGACGACUUCGGCACAGGGUAAUGGGAUGAAGAAGGCGAAGAAGGCGUAA